AUGAACCAGAAAAACCAACAGAUCGCCGCGACCUUCGAAAAGCCACCGCCUACCACUGAGAUGACGGAACCGGGCCCGUCCAAAUCGUCCACAUCGGCCCCCCUGGCCCACCAUAAGAUUGCCAAGAACUUACAAGCGUUCUGCGUCCAGGUUCUCGAAACCUCGCACAUGGUGAUACAUGUCGUGGCAACCAAGAAGCAAGUCAUCUUGCUCAGCCUUGCCUCCAUUCCCCUUCCUGCAAGCAGCCAUCUCAAACGAGCACAAAGUCUCCCAGCCGAAUCCCCCGGGUAUCCUACCAGGGCCACGGGCGCCGGGCGAGACGGGACUGCGCGGUCCCGAGACGGGCAGCAACGGUAUGCGUUCCAAACACAAUCUCUCACUCCAGCGAUUCGCGACGACAGAAUCAUGCAACGUAGCGGCAGGCUCCGACAAUAG